AGGAGUCCACGAGAGUUUGCCCCGGAGCGCGGGGAAGUUUUCUAGCCGAAGCUCCGCUCCUGGAAAUGCGGUACCUGCCGGCGCCCGCUCGCCGCCGCUCCCCACGCCGCUCGCUCGCGAGAUUUCGUGGAAAAUGCACUUAAGACAAUGAGAAAAUCUUAAAGGCCUGCAAAUAAAGCAAUCUCAUCUUCAGAAAUGAGAAGAAAUGCAGCCUUCUGAACUGGUCAUGAACCCCAAACAAGUCUUCCUCUCGGUGCUGAUAUUUGGAGUGGCAGGAUUACUCCUCUUCAUGUAUUUGCAAGUCUGGAUUGAAGAACAACAUACAGGGAGAGUGGAGAAGAAAAGAGAACAAAAAGCAACUUCAGGAUGGGGAUCAGUCAACUACUUGCAGCCGGUACCCAGAAUCAUGACUAGAGAAAAAAUCCAGGAGCAUACAGCCAACCAGCACUCCAAGCCCCACCUGCUAACAGAUCCCAAGGAAAACCUACCCAACUCUGAGGGACCUAUGAGGGUCUUAGCAGACACCACCCACUCACCAGGAAAGACUCUAGCUUGGAGUAAAACCACAGGGUUUCCAACAAUUAAGUUGACAGAAACUCAUCAAGGGGGUAAGACCCUUUUCAAGAAGUUUUUCGAGAUCAAUUGGCCAUUGGACACUCGCCCUUUAAACAAAAGUAUAGUCAAAGACGACAAAUGGAAGAAAAUCAGUGUUGCUCAAGAGAAGCGUAGAUCUUUCCUUCAGGAGUUUUGCAAGAAAUACAGUGGGGUGAGUCGUCCUCAAUCACAUCUUUUUCACGUAGUAUCCAGGAUCUAUGUAGAAGAUAAACACAAAGUCUUAUAUUGUGAAGUACCCAAAGCUGGCUGUUCCAACUGGAAAAGAAUUCUGAUGGUACUAAAUGGAUUAGCGCCUUCUACAUAUAACAUCUCCCAUGAUGCUGUCCACUAUGGGAAGCAUUUGAAAAAGCUAGACAGCUUUGACUUACAAGGGAUAUAUACUCGUUUAAAGACCUACACCAAAGCAGUGUUUGUCCGUGAUCCCAUGGAAAGAUUGGUGUCAGCAUUUAGGGACAAAUUUGAGCACCCCAACAGUUACUACCAUCCAGUAUUCGGAAAGGCGAUUAUCAAGAAGUAUCGGCCGAAUGCUUGUGAAGAAGCACUAAAUAAUGGAUCUGGGGUCAAAUUCAAAGAAUUUGUCCACUAUCUGCUGGAUUCCCACCGUCCAAUAGGAAUGGACAUACACUGGGAGAAGGUCAACAAACUCUGCUAUCCGUGUUUGAUCAACUAUGACUUUGUGGGGAAAUUUGAAACUUUGGAAGACGAUGCCAAUUACUUUUUACAGCUGAUAGGUGCUCCAAAAGAGCUGAAAUUUCCCAACUUCAAGGAUAGACACUCUUCGGAUGAAAGAACCAAUGCUCAGGUCGUGAGACAGUACUUAAAGGACUUGACUAGAACUGAGAGACAGUUGAUCUAUGACUUUUAUUACUUGGACUAUUUGAUGUUUAAUUAUACAACUCCACUUUUAUAGUUUACAGACACUUUCUAAAACCUUGUAUUUACUUUAUGGAGAUGGACUCACAUCAGCUAAUAUGAUUUUCCUAUAAUUCUCCAUAUGAGAGAAAUUGAACUAAGUGCAGUGGUCUGGAUUUAAUGAGAUUUUCACUAAAUAGUAUGACACCAAUUGGCACAAAGUUAUAGGAAAAUUACCUACUAGAGACAUGUAAACAACUCGCAUUGCUCUAAAAUGUUUGGGAAGGAGCUGCUUUUGCAUUAUGGAUUAUAUUAUAGAAGUAAUAACCAAGCCAGCUGCUACAUUAGCUGAAACAGCCUUGCCGUGGUAGAAAAAGGGGUCCAAAAUAGUAUGAGUGUAUGCCUACAUUCUGGAUGUUGUUGCUAAUAUGCAUGUGUAUAUUUUUAGCAGUCUGUGGCAUAGCAAUCAAAUAUUAGAGUUUUCUUACACCCUGGAAACCUUUUUAUCAAGUUUAAUGAUAAAUGAUUUUUAAAUAUUUUGCAUCUAGACAUUUUACUUUUAGAUUGGAACACAUUAUGUAAUGUACACAGCAGAAAAAACAGAUGAGGCUUUGGUUGUUUUAGAUCCUACAGCCAAUAAAAAUGUACAGCAUACUAAGAUCAAAGCAACAAAAGCAACAAUCCUCUUCCAGAAAGAGAUACUCAAGGGAAUUGAUUCUAUUUUUUUUUGAGCCCUCUGAGACAAUAUGAAUACAACUGUUGAAGGCUGUCUUCUCUAAAGCAGGCAGUUGAGAAGUUUAAGCCUCAAAUCUAAAUGUGCUCCUAAUUCUGGCUUAAUUGGUCAGGGAGGAAAUUGUUUCAGGAUGGAAUAACCAUCAAAAACAAAAGUUGCCACUCUGAAUAUAGACCUCAAACAAUAACAAGGUUUUAUAAGAAUAUUAUUUGAAUCAAAGCAUCAUGUGCAUAGUAUUCUAUGUGGAAUGUACAAUAAGAAUAGCUUGUGUUUUCAGUGUGAUUGUUAGCUUGAGAAUGACUGCUUUAAAAGUAAUAUACCACUUCAAAGAUAGUUUAUGUUCUUGGAGAAUCAGCAUAACAAGCUCACACGAAAUAUUUUAAUAGUUUUGUCCAUAAACAAAGUAAGGUAUUUGCUUUUUAAGUCUUAAGAUUACAUACUAACAAUUUGCAUUCCAAUACCAUUGCAUUCAAAUAUCACAUCAGAGUCUUGGAAAAUAAGGCCAUGUGUCGUCCAAGUGAAAAGCUGUAAUGAAGUGUGGAAAUUUUUUCAAGUCGCCCUAAUUUAGAAUAUGCAUUUGGAUGGGAAACUUAUUUUAAUCAGUUUACUGAUACUCCGGAGUUAAACUCAAGUCAUUCAAACCCUGUUUAGAUGCAUUUCUUGAAUAUGUUUCUUUUCCCAAACUAUCAUUUUACAAUAAAUAUUCAGUAAUGUCUCUUAAAGAAAAAACAGAUAUUAAUAUUUGAACAUUAAUAAGCCAAGCUAGUUGCCAUCUAUUUCAUUUUGAGAGCCCAUGUCAUAGCUGAGUACCCAGGAAUCGCCUCACUACACACGCCUGCCAUAUCCCCUGUGUCUCCUAAAGAGUGAGUCACUGCAAUGGGCCUCCAGACUAUCACUAUUAAACCUUUGAAGCCAAGUUUUACUACUUUUCCAGUCCAUUUCCUCUUGCCUUUAGACCACAAACUUAAACGGCGCUGUCUGUGUUCAAGGAGUUUUACUCUAAAGCAAUCUAAAUUACAUAUUUUAUAUAUAACAAUAGCACAUCAAGUGGAUUCCUAGUAACUGAAGGACAUCGGAAGUACCUUUUUAUUGGGAAAGAGAAAACAGAAAAUACACCAACAAGUCUGAAUGCUUAUUCCUAAACUACGCAGAACUCUUUUUAGAUGGGUUCAGCUAUAAAAGACAGGGACAAUUUCCUUCACUCCUAAAGCCAUAUAUAUGGGACAAACAAAAAAAA